CUGCCGCUUCACCUCCGAGCACUUUCUCUCCCAACAGAACUUUUGGCCUUGUGGCUGGACAGAUCCAGGAUGUGUUCCUCGAGAUCAGACCAAUCCCAGGACCAUGAACAGAGGCAGGUCCUUUGAAAAGAGCCCCAGGGAAGAUAGCCAGAAAUCAGAGAAAAACUCCAAGGCUUUCAAGGAUAUUUCCAAAUACUUCUCUAAGAAAGAAUGGGCAGAUCUGGGUUACUCAGAGAAAAUCACCUAUGUGUAUAUGAAGAGAAACUAUGACAUCAUGACUGAUCUAGGUCUCAAGACUACCCUACCAACUUUCAUGUGUCCUAAAAAACGAGCCACAAAAUCCAACGGGCAUGAUUCUAAAGAUCAGAACCCCAGGAAUCUGCGACACAGGAGAAGGGAGAUUAAUGUCUGGACCCACAGACUGCGGGAAAGAAAGAACUUGGUGGUCUAUAAAGAGAUCAGUGAUUCCGAAGAAGAUGACUAACUCUCCUCAGGGAUGUGACAAGUGCCCAUGAUAAGAAGCAGAACCUGGUGGCCUUUCAUGAACAUGGGCAUGGCUGUGAACUCCUAGCCAUCAGCUGUAUAGCAAGUGAAAGAAAGAGUUCACAACAGUGAAAAGUUAAACAUGAAUUUUCUUACUAUGUGCCAAAUGUUGCUAGAUGUUAGAGUUGCGUUGAUGAGCAAGACAUAUACCUAAUGUGUAUUUCUCUCUUUGUAUCCAUGCAUCUACCUUAGGAAAACAAGUAUUGUCAAGUAUUCUUUGUACAAAAUGGCACUAGCCUCCCUCUCUCCAGAUGCAACUACUGAGACCAGUUCUGGGUGUUUGAUUCCAGAUGUUUUUCUCUGCAUUUACACACACACACACACACACACACACACACACACACACGGUACAACUAUGAGCAUCUCUGACCUGCUUUUCCCCACUAGCAGCGUGUCGUGGACAAGUCUGUCUCACUCUGUUUCCUGUUCAGCAUGUGCUCCAUGCUACAAACCUCCAUUAUUCAU